UGAAGUGAUAAACCGGAAGCGGAAGUAAAUUAUGUAUAGCGCGUCGUGGCAGGUGCUCGUUAACAACAACACUUCUGUCAGAACGGCUCACUGUGUCUACGAAAUUUAUAGUAAAGUUUGAUUUGUGUGAUCUGCACGUUUACUAAGAAUGAAGGCUUUAAUUCUUGUUGGAGGUUAUGGUACAAGGUUAAGACCUUUGACCCUGAGUUGUGCAAAACCAUUGGUGGAAUUUGGUAACAAGCCUAUGCUGCUUCAUCAGCUUGAAGCUUUAGUUGAGGCAGGUGCUACACAUAUUGUAUUGGCUGUAAGUUACAGAGCAGAACAGAUGGAACAAGAAAUGAGGAUUAUGGAACAAAAGCUAGGAGUAACCAUAACAAUAUCAUUAGAAUCAGAACCAUUAGGAACUGCUGGACCCUUAUCUCUUGCCAGUGAACAUUUAACAAAAGACAACGAACCAUUCUUCGUAUUGAAUAGUGAUGUAAUCUGUGAUUUCCCAUUCAAACAAAUGGUACAGUUCCAUAAACACCAUGGGAAGGAGGGAACUAUAGUUGUUACUAAAGUAGAAGAACCAUCUAAGUAUGGUGUAGUAGUAUAUGAUGCUGAGAAUGGUAGAAUACACAACUUUGUAGAGAAACCACAGGAAUAUGUUUCCAAUAAAAUUAAUGCUGGAAUGUAUAUAUUUAAUCCUUCAAUCCUCAAAAGAAUUCCUCUAAAACCAACAUCAAUUGAAAAAGAAGUAUUCCCUUUUAUGGCAAAAGAUAAUGAAUUAUAUGCUAUGGAAUUAGAAGGAUUUUGGAUGGAUGUUGGCCAGCCCAAAGAUUUCCUGACAGGCAUGUGUAUGUAUUUAACAUCAUUACGUCAGAAAUCACCUGAGAAAUUAUAUACAGGAGAGGGAGUAGUAGGAAAUGUAUUAGUUGACCCUAGUGCCAAAAUAGGACAUAACUGUAGAAUUGGUCCAAAUGUAACAAUAGGUCCAAAUGUUGUAAUAGAAGAUGGUGUCUGUAUAAAGAGAUGUACAGUAUUGAAAGAAGCACAUCUUAAGUCUCAUUCCUGGCUUGAUUCAUGUAUAGUUGGAUGGAAGUGUAGUGUUGGUAGCUGGGUAAGAAUGGAGAAUGUAUCAGUGUUAGGAGAAGAUGUAACAGUUAAAGAUGAACUAUAUAUAAAUGGAGGUAGAAUCCUUCCUCAUAAAUCUAUAGCUGUAUCAGUUCCAGAACCUCAGAUUAUCAUGUAAUGUGUUCAAGAGACAUUUAGAUAUUGGUUUUAAACAUUGUUAUAACAGGGUGUAGAAGUGUGACUGCUAACAUUUCCAUUAUUUAAAUUAUCCAAGUUCAUAUAGAAUAAGUGGUGUAUUUCAUGGGAUCAUUUCUUAAAUGAUUUGAUAGAUUUUGGUAAAGACUUCUAAGGGAUAUUGACUUUUCAGUUAUCCUUUGUAUAUCAUUUUAAUUGAAGUAGUGUUAAUUCUUAAAUUUGCUGUAUGAAAAAAUAGGGGAUUCUUUCAAAAUGUUCUACUUAAACAGUGUGUAUGACAUAAGACUAAAUGGAUGCUGCUUAUCUGUUCAUAUCCUGUAGAAGUGUGUUUUACUUAUUUUCUGUUUUGUUUGGGUUUUUUUAUGUGUGGUAAAGUUAUGUAUUCUGGGAUCAUUGUAAAAUACUGUUAACCAACUCAUUUUGAUAGACAUUUAUUUAUGCCACCUUUGUCAGUAAAAAAAAUGUGAAUAUAUCAAAGUUGAACCCUGUUUAUGUGAAUACAAUUAUGAAAUGAGAAAAAAGUGAAACGAAAUUGCUGCAGUUGGUUCAAAUGGGCUGAAUAUCAAAACAUAAUCUGUGAAAAUGAUUUGGUUUACAGUAUAUUGAUAAUGAAAUAUUAUAGGAAAUCAAAUUUUAUGGCUUUAACAAAAGUAUGACUAAUACUCAUAUUGAGCACUAUAGGCAUACUAUCUUAUUGAUCUGCGGCAGCUUUCUGAUAAAAAUAUAAUAGCAUUUUAUAGCAUAUUGUCCAAUAUUUCAUCUGAAAAUAGUUCUGUAAUAUUGUGUAAAUGUAGCAAUACCAAGAAAAUAUGUGUAUUGUCAUAAAUUUAUAAAAAGAGAUAUGCCAGUUUGAAAAUUAUUGUAAAGUAAAGAUAUACUAUUGAACCAUCAAUGUUUAAAGAUUUGAAUAAUAUUUAUUGAGGUAUAUAAAGGUGAAGAACAAUAGAUGUUUUUUUAUAUUCAAAAUCUGAAUAAAGAAGAAAAUAAUGCAGUCAUUAUAAUAUAAUAAAGUCAUUUGCCUUUUUUGAUACAGCUUUUUAUGAACAUCAAUUUUUUAAUCCUUAAACUUUUGAAAAUUUAUUUGGAAUUCAGACUACUGCAGAAAAGAUUGCUUGCUAUAGUAUUUUUUCUUUCCAGCACUCUUUGGUGAAUUAGAUUUAGAUAUAAUAAUUAAAUAAUGACAUUAUUAUGAUAUUAAGUUUUAUAUUUGUAUUUAGAUACCCUCAUAGUAUGCUUCUACUAACCUAGCAUCAAAUUCUGUGUUUAACACCUUUUUUUUAAUUUCAAAUUGCACAUUCAACUCGUCCUGAACAUGCAUGAAAUAUUUGCCAUUGGACAUUAAGAUACCAUUAAUCAAUCAUAUAAGGGACCACAAGUUGUAUUAUUUUUGUUGUUGUUGUAUAUAUCAUGUGUUAUUUAUGGGAUAAUCCAAAAUUUGUUAACUAGAAAAGUUUAACCUUAAGUGUUAUUAGUGCUUACUUGUCUUUGUUAUUCAUAUUUUUCUUUAAAUAUUCAUUUGACAAAUAUUGGUUCCAAGCAACAAUCAAUCAAUGAGAAAAAAAGAAAUUGGAAAAAUUGUCAAGGUCAAUUAAGUUUGUAUUUAUUGAAAUAAAAGAGAGUUUUUUUAAUACAAAGUCUCAAAUUUUCAGAAACAGAAUUAAUGUUGUGAAUUCUUUUUGUUGACAGCUAUAUCCUUCAAACUAAAAGUAUCAUUAUAUUACUGGAAUUAUUUUUUUAACAUUACAUAGACCCUGAUUUCCAUAAUCGUUCUAUUGUUCCAAAUAUAGCAUAAUGACCAUUUUACUGGAAUUAAUUGUAAACAUUUUCAAAGAUCUUCCAUUGACACAAUCACCCUAUCAUUCCAAUACCCGGUAUUUAAUUAGACAGUCAGACAUUGUUUUUUAGUUGUAGCAUUUAUGUUGUUAAAAGAUUAUUUAAAAUGAAGUUGUGAUAUUGUUUAAGUAUUUGUGGAAGAUAAAUGACAUGAACAUCAUUCUUUAUGCAAUAUUUAUUAAAACAAUCUUUUUUUAUUAUAUGAACUAUGAUAUUGUUUUAUGUCUGAAAUUUAUACAAACAUAUUGAAUUAUUUAUAUUUUUGAGGGAAUAAAACUUAAA